AUGCUUGCACAGUGCACUAGUGCUGCACCGCUCUCUCACUCACCUCACUGGUCGACCGGCUGCGCUGUUCGCCUGUCCGACGGUCCACUCGUCAUCACCUUCCGCCGCCGCUCUGCUCCCUUGGUUUCCUCUGCCACCUGGCCGCUGCUCGUCCGACUCAGCUUUGCUUUGUCCGACCCUCUCGCUCUCGCCCUCGCCCUCGCCCUCCCUGCGUCUGCGUCUCUGCGACCCUGCGUCCCGGAGGCCGACCGAGGCAAGUCCACAGCUAGCGCCGAGUCUGUUUCUGCGCUGCGAAGCCGUCGAGAACUCGGACAAUGGCUCCUGCCUCGCGGCACUCGCAGAACAUGGGCCGGGUCAUCGAACCGGCUCUAUCUCGCCGCCUACGUCCACCCUCCGACGUCCGAAACGCUCUUCCCCACCGCGGAGUCUCCCAUCUCGCCGAGGAAGCGGUCGCAGCGGGCGGCGGAUGCGACCAAGAGCCGCGUGCCGCCCUGCUACUUCACCGUCGACGACACCCUCCUGUACAACGCCUUUCACCAUGACUUUGGUCCGCUCCACAUCGGUCACCUCUACCGCUUCGCCAUCCGCUUCCAUGACAUCCUGAGCGCAAAGGAGAACAAGGAUCGGCCCGUCGUCUUCUGGAGCGCCGCCGACCCGAGGAGUCGCGCGAAUGCUGCCUGCAUGCUGGCCUGCUACAUGGUCCUCAUCCAGAACUGGCCGCCGCACCUCGCCCUGGCGCCCAUCGCCCAGGUCGACCCCCCCCUGAUGCCCUUCCGGGACGCCGGCUACAGCCAGGCCGACUAUGGCAUCACCGUCCAGGACGUCGUGUACGGCGUCUGGAAGGCCAAGGAGGAAAAGUGCUGCGACCUCGACAACUUUGACCUCGAAAUGUACGAGCGAUACGAGCGCGUCGAGCACGGCGACUUCAACUGGAUCACGCCUCACUUCCUCGCCUUCGCCUCGCCCCAGCACAGCCCCGUGACGAAGAUCGCCGAGGGAUCGGACCAGUAUGCGAUGCUCCCUCGGGACCUGAACGCCGUCGAUGACCACCCUACGCUCCCGCAGCCCUUCAAGAAUGUCUUGCGCCACUUUGUCGACAAGGACAUCGGGCUCGUCGUCCGCCUCAACUCGCAGCUCUACUCGGCUUCCUACUUUGAGGCCCUCGGCAUCCAGCAUCUUGACAUGAUCUUCGAUGACGGCACCUGCCCUCCCUUGACCACGGUUCGCAAGUUCAUCCGCCUCGCGCACGAAACCAUCACGGUGAAGAAAAAGGGCAUCGCCGUCCACUGCAAGGCUGGUCUCGGCCGGACGGGCUGCCUCAUCGGCGCCUACCUCAUCUACCGCCACGGCUUCGCCGCCGACGAGGUCAUCUCCUUCAUGCGCUUCAUGCGCCCGGGCAUGGUGGUCGGCCCCCAGCAGCACUGGUUGCGUCUGAAUCAGGGCACCUUCCGGGAGUGGUGGAUCGAGGAGCGCGUCGAGCGCCGGCUGCGCCGCGAGCUGGCGGCCACCAGUCAGCUGCCCAGCACGCCCAUCCGCGCCAUGCAGAAGACGACGCUUCGCAACGGCCAAACGUCGACGCCCCCCAACCGCAGCCCCUCGAACCGCACGCCUCUGAGCGAGGUGGACCACGAGCGCAGCAAUGUUGGCAAUCACGACGACUAUCUUCCCGCCCCGACACCUGGCCAGCCGCGGAAGACGACCCGGCCGGAUCGCCACCACCCAUACCACCGAUCCGUCUCUCACCAGACCACGGUCGAGGAGGAGACGGGCGUCCAGACCGAAACCGAGAUCGUCACCAUGCAGCGGCACACGCAGGGGCCCGAGUCGGAUGAGGAGAUCCACCUCCGUAUGCGGAGCCAUCGGAGGCCAUCCCAAUCGCCCGGACGGAGUGGCAAGAUGCGCUCCGUCAGCCAGACGACGUCAACCUCGUACAUAAUUGACAACGACUCCUCGCGAGACGCCGAAAACAUCGGCUCCAUCAAAACAAAGCAAUCGGAACGCAUCGCGAGCACACCAGGCGUUCUGACAAAGGUGCGCACCGGCAAGCGAACGGGGCCCGAGUCACCCCUGAGGACGAAAGACUCGGCCGGCGUCCGGAAGACCAGUGGCCGUGUCGGGAGUGCCAGCUUGGCAGUGUCGGCCACGGCAGCUUCGACAGCGCGGAAGGUGUCUGGAUCGUAG